GUGAUCAUCGGCAAGCAAUUCGAUUUUGAGCAGAUACGCCAAGCUUAGAACCAUAAUUAAUCAAAAUCUUAACUUAGUUUGAUCUGCAGCAAUUGUUUACUCCUAUGGCUUUUAGAUCAGCGACUUAUCUAAAUUCCAUGGUUACUCACUUAAAGGGAAGUUCCUCAGUAAAUUAUGCCACAGCAGCCACUUCAAAAUUUAAGGCAUCUUCACCCGUCCAACUUAACGCGACUCAUGUGCCCAAGUCAAGAAAGGGAGACUUUGUGCCAGUGUGUGUGGCGCUAGGAAUGAUCGGACUAUCGGCGAGUUUCGGGCUGCACACAGCGAUGCAUCAGCUGAGGCGAGCCCCUAAUGUGCAUGUAAAAAAAUCAAGGAGGGAAACUCUGCCUGAGAUAGUGGAGCCAGAACAUGUUGCAGAAGAUGCCGAUAAAUUCAUUAGCAAAUCUUUAUUCCGUAAGGUGGCUCACAUUCAGGAUUUUUCUACUAGCCGUGUCAUUCCUGAUCCAGCUCGUGGCUACGUUUAUACCAAGAAGCCGGGUGUAGUGACCUUGAAAACUGUUGGAGUGGAUCCAAAUUAAGUUGUAAAUUAUAUGUAGGUUUUGUGGAGUACUUUGGUUGUAUUCUAGAGUUUAAUCUCUAAUUCUGUAAUACUAUAUGAAGAUAUAUAGAGUAAAACUCAUAUAGUAGAUAAGUAGAUGUUUUAAGUUUACAUGAUGGUGUUACUCUAAUACGCUUGAUAUUGUGCAUGUUUAUGAACGAGAACACUAUAAAUAUGUAGUACGUACAGCUUUGUGAAUACUCUA